AUGUAUCUGUAUCGAGGCUGGAACCUGGUAUUGACAAUCAUUAUCACUGUUUUCUCUGGAGAAAGUCUUGGAUUUUGGUCCUGGCCAUUUAGUUUUCAAGCUCUUGCGGAACAGCAACAGCCCAUCCUUGAAUCAAUAACAUAUGAGUAUGAGUAUGCUGAUAGCCAUGCAAAACGUAUUGCAAUUAUUGGUGCUGGAGCCGGCGGGUCUUCAACGGCAUACCAUUUACAGAAGUAUGCUGCUGAAUCAGACCUUGCAAUAAAUGUUACCGUCUUCGAACGUUCUUCGUAUAUCGGGGGUCGUUCGACAACAGUAAAUGCAUACGGUAAUCCACUGGAGCCUGUAGAAUUAGGAGCCAGUAUCUUUGUCGAGGUAAACGCAAUUUUGAAGAAUGCAAGCCGAGAGUUCGGCUUAAGUCCAAAAUUUUCCGAUACCGAAGAAGCAGAGGUUCUCGGUAUCUGGGAUGGAGCAGAAUUCGUGUACACACAGAAGGAUAGCGAUUGGAAGUAUUGGGAUAUCGCGAAGCUCUUGUGGAAAUAUGGACUUGCCCCAUUGAAAACUCAACGCUUGAUGAAAACUGUGGUUGGAAAGUUUCUGCAACUUUAUGAGGCGCCAUAUUUCCCAUUCAGAUCCCUCUCAGAGAGAGUAGAGGAAUUAGACCUCAAAACUGUGGCAUCUGUAACGGGUGAACAAUUUCUGGCUGAUAAUAACAUUGUAGGCUCUUUCGCGACUGAUUUGAUCCAAGCAUCUACUAGGGUUAAUUAUGGUCAAAAUCUGAACGUCAUUCACGGCGUAGAGACUAUGGUUUGUAUGGCAAUCGAUGGUGCAAUGCAAAUCCAAGGUGGUAAUUGGCAGAUCUUCGACGGCAUGAUUCAAUCUUCAAAUGCCACCAUCCGUCUGAACCACACUAUUGCCGAGAUAUCCCAAGUGCAAGAUAAAGAUAGGUACAACGUCAAGACCAUCACCACAGAUCAGAUUGGUGUUUCUCACACCAGAGAAGAACCAUUUGACACCGUCAUUAUCGCCGCUCCCCUCCAAUACUCCAACAUCACAAUGUCAUCAGACCUUCUUCAACACACACCCGACGAGAUCCCCUACGUGACCCUUCACGUAACCCUCUUCGCCUCCCCCUACGGCCUCAACCCAGCCUACUUCAACCUAGGCCCCAAUGACCAGGUCCCAACCAUAAUCCUCACCACACUCCCCAAAAAUAUCCCCGCCCCCACCGACCCCAAAGAUUUCGCCGGCCCUGUCGGAUUUUUUUCCAUCUCCACUCUUCGAAAAAUAAUCAACCCCACCACCCUCGAAUACGAGAACCUUUACAAGAUCUUCUCUCCUCAAGUUCUCUCCGCCGAAUUCCUCUCCUCUAUCCUUAAUAGCGCGGUUCCCGUCCCGGAAGACUUCACUACUAUUUCUUCCUCGGCAAACAACACAAUAACCUGGUAUUAUCCCCACGUCUGGAACUCUUACCCUUAUGAAUACCCUCGCGUAACAUUUGAAGAGAUUCAACUUGCUCCCGGUAUAUACUACACGAGUGGCAUUGAAUCUUUCAUUAGCACAAUGGAGACGAGUGCAUUGAUGGGGAAGAAUGUCGCAAGAUUAGUGAUCGAUGAUUUCCUAGGAAGUUCAGAACCAGACUCGAAGUCUGUGGUGGAGAAACUGGUCGAGGUAGGAAAUGUAGUUGCUGAAGCCGAGAUUGGUGUUGGUGGCGACAUGCCUGUGGUUGAUGAAUUGUGA